AAGAAGUCAAGUUUAGCAAGCCGUCAUGCACUGUUAACUCCACCUUGGGCGCCUUGAAACGAGAACCACUUAGCGCAAUUAACUCACGUCAAGCCUCAAGACCAUUCAGCUCUUGGUUCCUCGCCGCGUCGCCCACAGCUGCGGUAAAGUCCGUCUGCCUGCACUGCUGUCAACAUGCCCAGGUCUCGGCAGCACCACCGCCUGCUACCACUGUUACUGCUACUGCUGCUGUGGCUUCACGUCGAGGGAUUCCAGCAGGUGUAUUACAAACGGCAAUUCUCAGAAGCCAGGACUGUUGUUGGGCAGUUCACUAACUACACGACAUCGACCAUACGGUGCGCCUCCCUCUGUAGCAGCGUGUCGUGCCUUGCGUGGUCCUGGGACUCGGCUAAGGGUGAAUGCCUCGUGUACACUUACCUGGAAGGGUUAAUACAAUCCGCCUCCUCGACCUGCAGCACCUACCUCCCUCUGCACACCUUCAUUCCCCUCCGGCCGGCAGGUGUUUGGAGCUGGUUCGAGGCAAAGGUUGGCUGUAAUUCCAUCUGGGCAACUAUGGCGUACGUGAGUGACGCCACGGAGAGAUUACUCCUGGAGAAGAAGCUAGGCAGUGCAUACUUCGUGGGUCUGAAAAAGACGUGGGACAACAUGUGGCAAGACCCUUCAGGAACCACCGUGGCUGACCCUAUGUGGGGCCCCGGAUACCCAACGACCGAGAAGUGCACCAUGUACGAAUCUGGCCUGAGGGACGUGGACUGCUUUGACAAGUUCGCUUUGGUUGUCAUUUGUAUCGUCACCCCGUAAUAAAUCCGUGCCAUUAAGUCUGUGCAUCGUAAGUUAAUAUAUUCGGGAGUCCUUACCGUCAUAAUCCCGUAGCAUUGUAAUCCCGUGAGCCCUUUAAUGAAAUGAAUUUGUGGUAACCUGACUUAACUAAAGGAAAACGAAACACGAAACGAUGGUUGAAAUAAUAAUAAUAAUAAUGAUAAUAAUAAUAAUAAUAAUAAACAAGGAACUCAUCAAAACAAGAAUGCGCAUCUCUGAAUUACUUAAGUUCGCAGCAACCUGUCAUAGGGAAUACCAAACACGAAAGCACGAAUGAAAUAAGCAAACUAUCAUAUAACCACAACAGGAAUCCUCAUCCCGUACAAGUGUAAGCCUCACUAAGUACCGCUGUUUUUCGCCCUAUUUCACGCGUUAGUUUGUGUCAAGUCUGCUCUGAGUAUCUGUCCAAUACUAGACCUGGUGAACUUUGAACUCCCUAACCUGAUGCAUCUUUCGUACAAGUGUAGCCAGAAAUAUACGUGAUGAUUUGA